AUGGCGCUGAGCCGCGGCGGGAUGGCGGCUCCCCUCCCGCUGCUGCUGCCGCGGCGGCUGGCGGCGGGCGCGGAACCCCCCGCGAACGUGGUGCGCGUCCCCUGGGCCCUGCGGCUGCGCCUGCAGCGGGGCGCGCAGCGCCGUCGGCGCGGGCAAAAGGAGGCGGCGGCGGCGGCGGCGCAGCCCGGGAAGCUGCUGCUGCGGAGCCGGCGGCCAGAGCUGAGCCAGCCCCGCUGGCAGACGGUGGGGCGCUGGGAGCGGCCGCAGCUAGUGUCGGCGGGCUGGAAGCACAGGAAGGCCUGCGGGGACUACUUCCAGCUGGAGCCCUCGCAGGAGGCGGCUCCCGCCCUGCAGCUGGGCACCCCCGGGGCGCUGCGGGCGGCGCUGCGGCGGCGCUUCCUGGCCCUGGGGCGGCUGCGCUGGAUGGUGCUGGACGAGGCGGACGCCCUGAUGGACGACUCCUUCUCGGAGGCGCUGGAGGAGAUCCUGGCGCACGCCCCCCUGGCCGCUGGAGCCCCCGGGCCGGCCGGCCCCGGGGAGGCGAGGACCCAGGUGGUGGUGGUCGGGGCCACCUUCCCGGCGGGACUGAGCCAGACGCUGGGGAAGUUCACCGACGUGGGCCGGUUUGUCAUCCUCGCCACCCAGAGCCUGCACCGCCUGCCGCCCCACGUCCAGCAGAAGUUUGUCCGCCUCAAAGGCCGGGACAAGCUGCCCGAACUGCUGCAGCUACUCAAGGAGCGCCCAGCGUCCGGCGGGGCUGUUCUCGUCUUCUGCAACAGUGCCAGCACCGUCAACUGGCUGGGCUAUAUCCUGGAUGACCACAAAAUCAAGCACCUGAGGCUGCAGGGACAGAUGUCGGCAGCUGCCAGAGCCGGCAUCUUUGCCUCCUUCCAGAAGGGUGACGUGUCUGUCCUUGUCUGCACUGACCUUGCCUCGCGGGGGCUGGACACCGGCAGCGUGCAGCUAGUGGUCAACUAUGACUUCCCAGACACCCUGCAGGACUACCUGCACCGCGUGGGGCGAGUUGGACGCGUUGGAAGCAAGGCGCCUGGAGCUGUGGUUAGUUUUGUCACCCAUCGGUGGGAUGUGGACCUGGUGCGGAAAAUAGAGACUGCAGCCCGGAAGAGGACAGGUCUCCCAGGCAUGGACUCCUCCAUUAAUAAGCCUCCACCUAAAGGAGGUUGAUUCAGGUUGCCAAGCAGUAAUAAGUGGCCUGGUAGGGACUACGCUUGAAGUCAUUGAGGCAGAGGGAAUGAGCUUCUGUGUGUAAACUAGACUGAAAGAACAGAGAAUUGAGUUUCAGAACCAGGUGAUCAGGUUAACUUCGUGCACUGUUCUGGAAGCUGCAAUAGUCAUUUCCAUAGGCAUCAGAACUCGGGACUUUCCAAAAAGAAGCUAGUAAGUAAGUAAGAAAAUGCCUUUGGAGAAGACUGAAUAAUGAUCUCCUCAGUUGAUUUUGUUUAAUUUUGUUGAGACCUUUAACUUGAAUUCAAAUCAGAAUGAGAGUGUGCCUGUAUGCUGUGCAGCUCUGUUGCAUUUCAUUGCUUCCCACCAGCAGCAGCUAAAUAUUCAUUACUAAAAAUUAAAAAUUACUACUGUGGCAGGAAAAAAAGGAAAAUUUUUCCUAACUUUGAUAAAACUUUCACCAAUUACAGAUACAUGUAGAAAGACUAAAGGACAAAUUAUAUUUGAUUUUCUUGUGAUGCGGCAGUUCAUUCAGAGAAUUCUAGACCAGAUACCUCUAAAGUUUGGUGGGAACGAGAAGGCACAAUAAAGC